UAGGCUGUGGGAGUUGGUCCACAUGGCCAUCCCAGAGACAAUGAGGGACCAACCUGCUGCCCUGGGUCCAGCCAUGCCCAUCCAGUCGGCCAUGAUGAUCAGACCACUGCCACACCAGCUCCGCAAUGGCAAACAAACUUGUGAUGUGACCUGCGACAGGAUCAAGUUUGACACCCCUCUUCUAGGUAGUGUCAUCCAGGAGGAAGAUACAAAAAAUAAACAUGAGGGAUACUGGAUAAUGAAGAAUGAUGAUCCAUGGGAAUUGACUCCCAGAUAUGUUGAAACAUAGCUGUAACAAUAUUCAUCCCUUCCUUGUGGGCAUCUGAAUGAUACGCAGUUCUUAGGUCCACGUAGACUGCUGCAUCUCUGUGAUGGUCUAACAGAAUUAUUUGAUAGCCCUUCUGCUAAAUUAUAAUAAAAUUUUUGAAAUCUAUCUAAAUUAUAAUGGAAUGCGAAUCCAAUUAAACUGCCUGAUUUUUAAAGGGCUUUGGAGUUUUGCAGCUGAGUUCUUCUUAGUUUUAAGGUUACUUCUGUUGAACACAGAUGGAAUGGCCUUGGCAAAUCAUGAUGAGACUUCAGGUCACAGGCAAAAAUCCAAAAUGUAAGGUAUUAUGAGAUGCAAUGAUUUGGGAAAUAUCUUUCAAGUGAUACAGUUAGUCGUAGACUAUGACUGCAGUUGGGACCAGAUUUCCUGUUGUAAAUUGACAAAUCCAUGUAACAAUCCGGUUUUAUCACAUUUUUGGUGGUCAUCAUUAAGCUAAUGCUAUGGUCUAAUGGCAGAAAGCGAAGAGGAACUAAAAAGCCUCUUGAUGCGGGUGAAGGAGGAGAGUGCAAAAGUUGGCUUGAAACUCAACAUUAAGAAAACUAAGAUCAUGGCAUCUGGCCCUCUCAAUUCCUGGCAGAUAGAUGGGGAAGAAAUGGAGGUAGUGACAGAUUUUAUUCUCCUGGGCUCCAAGAUCACCACAGAUGGGGACUGCAGCCAAGAAAUUAAAUGGCACUUGCUCCUGGGGAGGAAAGCUAUGGCAAAUCUAGGCAGCAUACUAAAAAGCAGAGACAUCACCCUGCCAACAAAAGUGCGUAUAGUCAAGGCUAUAGAUUUUCCCAGUUGCAGUGUUGCAAGAAAGGCUGAGCUGAGCUCCUUUGAUCUUUGAACUCUGGUGCUGGAGAAGACUCCUGCGAGUCCCUUGGACUGCAAGGCGAACAAACAAGUCAGUCUUAGAGGAGAUCAACCCUGACUGCUCUUUAGAAGGCCAGAUCCUGAAGAUGAAACUCAAAUAUUAUGGCCAUCUAAUGAGAAGGAAUGAGUCACUGGAGAAGAGCCUAAUGCUGGGAAAGAUUGAGGGCAAAAGAAGGGGACGACAGAGAACGAGGUGGCUGGAUGGAGUCACUGAAGCAGUAGGCUUAAAUGGACUCCAGAGGAUGGUAGAGGACAGGAAGGCCUGGAGGAAUGUUGCCCAUGGGGUCGCGAUGGGUCAGAUGUGACUUCAGAACUAACAACAACAUGGUCAUAAAGGCAAACCUGUUCUUCCAAAUGGACUUUUUAUUACCUGAAAGUAGUAAAAAAAAAAAUUGCAUGUUGUGGUCAUGUGACUGUGGGAUACUGCAUCCAAUCAUAAAGGAUUAUGUUGGUGAAACUCCUAUUCACAAAGCAGCCCGAUCUGGUAGUAUGGAAUGCAUAAAUGCCCUUGUAGCUCAUGGAGCUCAAACAGACUUACGAAAUGCCAGUGGCCUGACAGCAGCAGAUCUUGCCCAUACCCAGGGCUUCCAAGAAUGUGCUCAAUUGCUCUUCAACCUUCAGAACUACCCAUUGAACCAUUUCUAUAGCAAUGGCACCUUAAAUGGGGUCCAUCAGAAUACUAGUCAAAGAGGGCCUAGUCGAAAACGAUCUUUUGAAGACAUGAACAAUUUUGGAAUGAAGAAAGCUAGAACUGAAGAUCAAAGUUUUGAUGGCCUAAUACCAAUGACAAAUGGAGGAAAUGAAGAGGAUGCUAACAAUAUGCAUGUUGAUAGAGAGUUUGCUCUUAUAUCAGAUAUGAAUUGCAGUAACUCCAUAUUGAAAGCAUUGGCAAAUGGAAAUAUCAUCAAUGGACAUUUGGACUUCACUUCCCCACCUCAGCUCAAUGGAUUGAGUUCCAGGCGUGAAGAAUGCCUAACAUUGAUAGUACCUAAUACACUAAUCUCUGAUCAUAACGGUAUAAUCAGUGAUGACCAUAGUGUUGAGGAACCAGCAAAAGUUAUAAAUGCUUCUGAUAUGUGUGGUUCUUUACAUCUGAAUGGAAGCCCAAGUAGCCUUGUUUCAAAUAGGCCCCCAUGGUUGGAUGACCUUGGAGAUACAUUGCACUAUGGACACUACCAUGGUUUUGGGGAUACAGCUGAAAGUAUUCCUGAAUUUAACAGCGUUAUUGAGCAUUCCAGUUUGAUUAAAGUUGCAGAAAAGUAUGAUAAUACUGUUCUAGGUACAAUGUAUCUUUAUCAUGGUUCCUGAAUUAUUAAAGACACAUUUUCUGGAUGUUAAUAUACUUUGAAAUAGUAAUACAAAUAAUGGGAUUAGGAUGGCAACACCUGAAGAUGCAGGAUUUUUUUUGUUACAUAUUACUAAAAGCAUUUGACACAACAGCCUUAUGCUUCUAAUUUUGCAUGUGUCAGGUUCAUUAGUUAUAUUAAUAGCUAAUUUUACAAUAGAAUGUUUGUUUUUUAUGACAAGGUCUAGUUUUAUAUUUUUUUAUUUGCUAUAAGAACUUUUAGAAUGUUUUCACUUUCAUCAAACCUUUCUAAAAACUAAACUGUGUAGAUUAGUUCAUUUUGAUAUUAGCAAACGAAGGUGUU